AUGAAAAAGUUGUUUAAAAAGAAAAAGUCUGAAAAGAACUUGUCUAGUUCUAUUUUACUUGAUGAACAGAUAAAGAAGCAAUCUAUGUUUGCUCCGCCUUCUACUUCUUCUAUGAUUAAUAUGCCGCAGUCUACAAGUGAAUUGCCUGUUCUUGUUAUGCCAAAACCUAGAAGACCUUAUACGCCUACGCGUGCUAUUCUCGGUAGAUUCGAUCAUGACAAGACGCAAGUAGAAGAGGAAUCAUUGCAUGAAGAAAUCUCACCUAUUCUGUUGCCAACAGCUCGUGAAGUAACAGAACCCCCAAUCGAAACAAGCCAGGGACAUACAGCACAACAGUCAGUCAUGAGUGAUUAUUCUUCAACGAGAGAGUAUGAUUCUGCUGUUGAGUCCUUGUCUGAUCCUACAAUGGAUACACAUAGUCAAAUUGAAUUGCCCAUGAUAAAAAAGCAAAUAUCACGCCGACCUCUUGUGUCACCUCCACCUGCUUCAAUACAAGAUAGUGAUGAUGACAAUGAAUCAAUUCAGUUUGAUACCAAUCAUGAGAGCACAAUACCCAUUGCGAAUCCUUCUUUAGCCUCCUCAGCCACUGCCACACCUCGGCAACAAUCCCAUUACUAUCAAAAGCAAAAAGAAUAUCAAAAGCAACAACAGCAAUACCAUAUGCAAGAGCAACAAAAGCUUCUUAAGCAGCAGAGAAUUGAAGAACAACAAAAAUUUUAUGAACAGCAAGUGUUGCAAGAGCAACAGAAGCUACAGAAACUGCAAGAGCAGCAGAGACUACAAGAGCAACAGAAACUACAAGAACAACAGAAACUGGAAGAACAGCAAAAAAUGGAAGAGCAGCAACGACUUCAAGAACAACAAAUGCGCGAAAAAGAAGAAUACACCCGCCUAUUCCUUGAACUUAAGCACCAAGUCGAACUCAUGGAACAACAACGCAUCAUUGAACGAGAAGAAUGGGCAAGAAAAGAACAACUUCAUCUGGACCAACAAAACCAAAUGUUAGAAAAACUCAUGAUGACAGAAGAACAACUCAAUAACUAUCUCAUGAAGCAACGUUAUCAAAAACAACUACAGCACAAACAAUGGCAACAGCAAAUGAGCGAAUUGAACUUGAAUGAGCCUCACGCAUUAAACAAGAGUCGAUCGGAAGAAUUUGACAAGUCUCGUAGUGUUGAAGGUGAUUUUCUACCUAGACAUUCACGUCGAAACAGCGUUGUUAGCAAUAAAAGUCGAUUAGAUACAACAGCCAGUCCUUCCACUACAUUGGUACCUACACCCAGUCACCGAUCUUCUGUGGCAUCACUCAGAAAGACAAGGCCGCGAGCAAGAUCAACUGAAUCAGCUAAAUGGCAGCAUCCUCGUCGAGAAUUUGAGCAACCGCAAUAUUAUCUCCCUGAUCGUGCUUAUUAUCCACUCUCUCUGCCUCCGCCUAAACCAAGAAAAAGUCGAUCGACGGGUAAAGAACCCUUACACUAUAGAAGAUCCCAAGGUUAUCCUCAACCUUACUUUCUAGAUCAAGAUGACGAUGAUGGAGAAGAAGAGUAUUGUUAUUAUGAGCCUGCUUAUUAUCCACAAAACUACAUGUAUAGUCCAGAUUAUUGUUCACCUAUGAUGCCUGUCAAUAGGCAUUAUGGACCUUCAAGGUAUCGAUAUCACUGA